AAAUGGACUCUCUCAUUCUCUCGCUUCUACUUUUCAUACCCUUCGUAUUCUUCCUUCUUCGCUUGCAGUUGCAGAAAAGGAAAAGUAUAACGUCACCGUCACAGCCACAGUCCGCCACCGUCCGUACUCCACCGUCACCGACAAGCCUUCCAAUUAUAGGCCACCUUCACCACCUCCUCCUCACAGAGGCGCCACCUUACCAAUCCCUCGCCCACCUUGCCCAGAAACUGGGCCCCAUCAUCCACCUCCAACUCGGCCGAGUCCCCACGCUGGUCAUCUCCUCCGCUGACCUGGCCAAGCUCGUCCUCAAAACCCACGAUCACGUAUUCGCGAGCCGACCGCAGCUCGUGGCGGCUCAGUGGCUCUCCUUCGGCUGCUCCGACGUCACCUUCUCCCCGUACGGCCCCUAUUGGCGCCAAGCUAGAAAAAUAUGUGUCACCGAGUUGCUGAGCUCCAAACGGGUCACUUCGUUCCACCUCGUCCGAGACGAGGAGGUGAACCGGUUGCUGGGCCACUUGGCCAGCCUGUCCGGGUCUGAAGUGGACAUGAGCAAGUUAUUGUUUGCGUUGGCAAACAAUGUGCUGUGUAGAGUAGCGUUGGGGAAGAGGUUUAUAGUGGAGGAGGAGGAGACAAAGUCAAAGUCAAAGUCAGAAGAUCGUUUGGUGGAGCUUUUGAGCGAGACGCAGGCUUUGCUUGCUGGGUGGUGCGUAGGGGAUUUCUUCCCCGAGUGGGAGUGGGUCAACUGGGUGAGUGGGUUGAGGAGGAGGCUGAAGAGGAACUUGGAGGGUUUGAGACAAGUGUGUGAUGAAAUAAUACAAGAGCAUUUGAACAAAACGACGUCCUGCGAAGGUGGUAGCGGUGGUGGUAGCAGAGAAGAUUUUGUGGAUGUUCUGCUUCGAGUACGACAAAGAGAUGACUUGGAGGUGCCAAUUACUGAUGACAAUCUCAAGGCUCUUGUACUGGAAAAUAUCGAUCCCCUCUCUAUAUUAUGGUCCAACGACACCGUUUUGUGUUGCAUUUCUGAUAUGUUUGUGGCCGGAACCGAUACGACAUCAGCCACCCUAGAAUGGGCAAUGACAGAGUUGGUGAGACACCCAAAUGUGAUGAAGAAAGCACAAGAACAAGUUCGAAAGUUUGCAUCCGGCACUGGAAAAGUAGACGAGAGCCACCUUCAACACUUUGACUACUUGAAAGCAGUCAUAAAAGAGACAAUGCGAUUGCAUCCGCCAGUCCCUCUUCUUGUCCCUCGAGAAUCAAUGGAAAAGUGCACUCUGGAUGGCUACGAAAUACCCGAAAAAACUAGGGUUCUAAUCAACGCCUAUGCCAUAGCAAGAGACCCACGGUCGUGGGACAAUCCCUUGGAGUUUAGGCCUGAGAGGUUUCAAGAUGCAGGCAACGUUAAUGUUGUUGAUCAAGAUUUUAGGUUUCUACCAUUUGGUGGAGGAAGAAGAGGCUGCCCAGGAUAUGGCUUUGGGUUGGCAACGGUGGAGAUUGCAUUGGCAAGGCUCUUGUAUAAUUUUGAUUGGGCAUUGCCUCAAGGAGUUGGACCAGAUGAUGUGGACCUUGACGAGAUUUUUGGGCUUGCCACAAGAAAGAAGUCUGCUCUUGUUCUUGUUCCAACACCCAGCCAACAUGGAUCACCAAUUCAAGGGAAUUGAUCAACACCACCUUUAAAACACAGCAAGAAAAUAAGAUUCCUUUCCGUCUCAAGC